UUUUUUCUAUGUUUUUUUUACUGUCAAAAAAUCGGAAAAAUGUCGGAGGCUUGUCAGAUAGCCCGAAAACAAGAUUUGCCUCCUCCGGGGGGCUACAAACCAAUACCAUAUUUAAGAUUGCCCGCAAAACAAUAUUUCAGCGGGUACUCUGUAUUUGGCAUAUACAUUGGCGUAACAGCAGUCGCCGCCUACUUGUAUAACAUAACCGCCAAGAGGAUCCAAAAGAAUGAGAUUGAGAUGCGUUCAGCCAAGAUGGCAAUAUAUCCGAUGCUGUUGGCUGAAAGAGAUAGGGAAUACUUGAAACAGUUGCGCAGGAACCGUGAUGCAGAGGCUGAACUUAUGCGCGAUGUGCCCGGAUGGGAGGUGGGCACUUACUACGGUGAGCGUGUAUAUAAGCUGGUGCCACCAGACACCCUAGUUGAACCAAUCUUCCAUGAGUACUAUGCACACAGCUCUCCCACUGAGUGGUACAGGAGGGCUUACCAUAAGUUCCGUUGUUAAAUUACUCUGUGUAGCUGAGUUUUGUGGACAUGGACACAUUGGAUCUUUGAGGAUAAUAAGUAAUGGUUAAAAAUAUGAAGAUUCACUACAUUACUAAUAUUACAAAUGCGAGGAGUGUAUCCAUCUGUUAGUUAUCUUUUUAUUGCUCAGCAGCUGUACCAAUCUUGAGAAAAUAAGUACAGAGAUAACUUGCAUUCUGGUAACAGAUAGAGAAUACUUUUUAGGUAGUAUGGGAUUUCAAAGAAUUCCAUUUGGAUUUUUUAAAACCUGAAAAAAAAACAAUUCGGAUAAAGAUGCAAGCAACACGCUAUUGGAUAGUUGAUCGUAAUAAAUAAAUAAACUAUUCUAAAGUGUUCAUACAAUGUUAUGUUGGUCCACAAAACACAGCUGCUGCAGAAUUUAAUAAGUCAGCUAAAUGUAUGAACAUUUUGUUUUGAUUGCA